AUGAGCACACAAAAAUCACAAAAAGAAAUGGAAUAUGAAAAUUUCUUGAAAGAAUUUCUUGAAGAUUUUUAUCAUAAAAUCGCAUAUCAUAGCAAUAUUGACGAUUUUGAGAAUUUUGAAAAUAAAAUUAUCAAAUGGAUUCGCCUUGCUGACGAAAUAAUGUGCAUUGAGUUGAUGGUAAAUCAUCAAAACAAGGAUUUAUGGUUUUCUAGCAUUAUUGGAUUUUGUUAUCAAUAUGGAAUCGGGAAAUGUGAAAUCGAUAAAAGCAAAGCGUUGGACUCAUAUUUAUUUGCUGUUAAUAUCAAAGAUGAAGAAGUUACUAAUCAUUUAAAUGAAACCGAUCAUAAUUAUUUUAAAAAAUUAAAUAGUACCAUUGGAAAAUAUUUGGAAUUUCGUCCGCACAAUAUCAAAUAG